AUGGAAGGAGGCACUAGGCUGCAGCCCCAGGCGGGAGAGCAGCUGGAGGCCAGCGCCAGAGUAGGAGCGGUCCAAGAGAAGUGCGAACCCGAGACCUUUAGGUCCAAGAGUUUACCCGCCCUGAACAGCGCCUCCUGCAGGCCAGACCUGAAUCCCGCCGGAGAAGACUCCAAGCCCGCCUCUGGCCGUCAGGAGUUGAAGCCAGGCCCUGGCCCGCGGACUCCCAGCCCCUCCGCCCCGUCUACUUCGGCAGAGAUGGCAGGGCUGGUGGAAAGCCACCACAGGGUGGAAAUCGGCAAACCCAUAUCGGUGUCCUCCACUUUGGCCAUGCUCCAGGGCAGAAGGUGCCUCUAUGUGGUCCUCACCGAUUCCCGUUGUUUCCUGGUUUGCAUGUGCUUUCUGACCUUCAUCCAGUCGUUAAUGGUCUCCGGGUACCUGAGCAGUGUCAUCACCACCAUCGAAAGGCGCUACAGUCUGAAGAGUUCCGAGUCAGGGCUGCUGGUCAGCUGCUUUGACAUCGGGAGCCUGGUGGUGGUAGUGUUUGUCAGCUACUUUGGCGGCCGGGGGCGGCGGCCCCUGUGGCUGGCCGUGGGGGGACUCCUCAUCGCCCUGGGGGCCGCCCUCUUCGCUUUACCUCACUUCAUCUCGCCCCCCUACCAGAUCCAAGAGCUGAACGCCUCGGCGGCCAACUACGGCCUGUGUCAGAAUGGCAACUCCUCGGCCACGGCGGAGCCUCCCACCUGCCUCAAGGACUCGGGGGGAAACAGUCACUGGGUCUACGUGGCUUUAUUCGUUUGCGCGCAGAUUCUCAUUGGAAUGGGCUCCACACCUAUUUAUACCCUGGGACCAACCUACUUAGACGACAAUGUCAAGAAAGAAAAUGCAUCCUUGUACCUAGCCAUCAUGUAUGUCAUGGGAGCACUUGGUCCUGCAGUGGGAUAUUUAUUAGGUGGACUUCUUAUUGGUUUUUACGUUGAUCCCAGAAGUCCCGUUCACCUUAAUCAGGAUGACCCUCGUUUCAUUGGAAACUGGUGGAGUGGAUUCCUCCUUUGUGCCAUUGCAAUGUUUCUUGUGAUAUUCCCAAUGUUUACUUUUCCAAAAAAGCUUCCUCCUCGACACAAGAAAAAGAGAAAGAAAAAAUACUCUGCUGAUGUUGCUGGUGACGAUGACGUUAUGAAGGAGAAACCAAACAAUUGUGAAGAAGUGGACAAAAAAGUUUCUUCUAUAGGAUUUGGAAAGGAUGUCAGAGGCGUCAUCAUUGUACCCAGUGCCGGUGUUGGGAUUGUCCUUGGAGGCUACAUCAUAAAAAAAUUGAAACUUGGUGCAAGGGAAUCUGCAAAACUAGCGAUGAUCUGCAGUGGUGUGUCUUUACUCUGCUUUUCAACCCUGUUUAUUGUUGGAUGUGAAAGUAUCAAUCUAGGUGGCAUAAACAUCCCGUAUACAACAGGACCUUCUCUGACCAUGCCUCAUAGGAAUCUGACAGGAAGCUGCAAUGUGAAUUGUGGUUGUAAAAUACACGAGUAUGAGCCAGUGUGUGGAUCGGAUGGAAUUACAUACUUUAACCCUUGUCUGGCUGGCUGUGUUAAUAGUGGUAACAUGAGCACCGGGAUACGGAAUUACACAGAGUGCACCUGUGUCCAAAGCCGCCAAGUGAUCACGCCUCCCACAGUGGGGCAGCGCAGCCAGCUCCGCGUGGUUAUUGUCAAAACGUAUCUCAAUGAGAACGGCUACGCUGUGUCUGGGAAGUGUAAACGGAGCUGUAACACCCUCAUUCCGUUCUUAGCUUUUCUGUUCAUAGUGACCUUCAUCACAGCAUGUGCCCAGCCAUCAGCCAUCAUAGUAACUCUCAGGUCCGUAGAAGAUGAAGAGAGACCUUUUGCCCUGGGAAUGCAGUUUGUUUUAUUGCGAACACUUGCGUACAUUCCUACUCCAAUCUACUUUGGAGCAGUCAUCGACACCACCUGCAUGCUCUGGCAACAGGAGUGUGGCGUGCAGGGCUCUUGCUGGGAGUACGAUGUCACAUCAUUUCGUUUUGUCUAUUUUGGUUUGGCAGCCGGCCUCAAAUUUGUUGGCUUCAUUUUUAUUUUUUUGGCCUGGUACUCCAUUAAAUACAAGGAGGAAGAGCUACAGAGGCAGAGGUGGAGAGAAUUCCCUCUGAGUACUGUGAGUGAGACGGUGGGCCCCAGCGACAGUGCGGAUAAGUCUGUCCGGACUAGAUCUUGCCCAGCUUUCAGCACCCAGGGAGAAUUCCACGAAGAGACUGGUCUGCAAAAAGGGAUCCAGUACACAGCACAGACCUAUCCGGGGCCCUUCCUAGAAGCAAUAAGUUCCUCCCCAGACCAGGGGCUGGAAGAAAGCCCUGCUGCCAUGUAGCCUCCCUUCUGAAGCUUGAAAAUGGAAGACUUUUGUUGGUUGAGUUGAAUAUGGUGACUUGAGAAACACCCGUGCCUUCUUUUCUUUCUUUCUUUUUUUAACCUCUAAAGACACAAUCCUCAAACCAACAAAACUCAGUAUACACAGCCACUGUUGAUUGAGGGCUGGAUACCUCAACAAGACUGAGCCUUUCCCCUCUUCUCUCCAAGAAGGAGGAGUUUAGAUAGAGUUGUUACCAUU